CCCAUGUAUCUGCUCAGCUCAUCACCUCUCCAAAAUCGGUGGUCAUCCUUCCCCUUCCCUUGCUUCUGUUCCUGAUCCACCCAACUUUCAUCCUAGCGCGCCCAUCUCGCCCCCGCCCGCCGCAUCUUCUCCGCCAGUCGUCCGAGGGCAUCGCGCGAAGGCGCCAUGGCGGCCUCAGCUGCGAGUGUGUGUCGAUUAGCCACACCCGCCGCAUGUCUCGCCGCGUGCCGCGGCAGUCGACCAGCAGCAGAGGGCUUUGUCUGCUGGCCGCCAGUCGCGGCGAGCGGGCGAUGCGGGGCGCGAGUGGUGGCGAUGGCGAAAGGCGGCAAGGGCGGGAAGAAGAAGGGCGGCAGCGCAAUUCCCAAGGGGGGGCAGGGCAAGAAGAGCGCGGAGGGGGGUGUGGCUGUGGACGAGUCGCGGCCGCCGUACACGAAUGCUGACAUCAUCAUGCACUCGCUAGAGCUCAUCGACAGCUACUACCGAGCGACGGGGCGGCCCAUGUUUGACAAGGCGGUGGAGGUGGCGGAGGCGGCCAAGGAGCUGUGGAGCGCGCCGUUCCUCGUCAUGUCGCACGGCACUGAGGACGACCCCAUCUUCAACUACGGCAACGAGAGCGCCCUGCGCGCGUUUGAGAGCACGUGGGCGGACUUCACGGCGCUGCCCUCGCGCUACUCCUCCGCCGACCCCGACUCGCCCGCGCGCAAAGAGCUGCUGCAUCAGGCAGAGGAGGGCCCCAAGGACCUCAAGGGGCUGGUGCGCGUGUCCACCAAGGGCACCAAGUUCGAGAUCGACGACGGCGUCUUGUGGACGCUCGUGGCAACGGAUGGCGAGCGCUUUGGCCAGGCUGCAGUGAUUCGUGAGUGGCACCUGCUGGACCCCCCCAAGGACGACCAAGAGCAAGGCCCUGCCACGCCUACCAGCGCGGCGCCCAGUGAGCAAGCAGCGGGAUCCUGCGGUGGCAGCAGCGCCGUGCAAGGGAGCACACAGGUGGACUCGUGAGUGAGGCACCACAAGGCCAUGCUGUUGCUGGCUGCUGCCCGUGUGGAAGCUGGCUUGUGGGGAAUCACCAACCAACCCUAUACUCUGACAUGUCUCCUGGUUGCACCAGUGGAGCCCCUGGUUAUGGCGGGAAAGUAUGGCGGUACGAGGUGCUGUAACGCUGACUCAAAGGUGAAUCAUGAUUGCGUGUAGUCCUGCCUGUGACUCAAUGGCCCGACCAAGGGCAAAGGGCAGCCUGCAUUUGACAGAUACACCACAUGGAACAGUAGUCUGCUGGUUCUGGUUGAAUGUGCCAUUCCAAUUUUGUUGUCAGGUCAGGUUGAUAAAGCGAGAAUAUAGAAUAGCGAAGGCUGUGUCAAACAUAUUUGUAUAAGUCAUAAUAGGCUAGAUAGGUGCAUGUUCCUAGAGGGUACAACACUUGAACAAAAACAACCUGUAUGCCGCAUUCUAGUUCAA